AUGCUGCAGGUACGGCACUGCCGGCGCGGGGACGGCACCACACACCACGGGGUGCGCAGGGGCCCAUCCCCGGCCGUGGCCGAUCAGCCCCGUGUGUGUGCGUCCGCUCCAGGCUCCUGUCGCGACGUCUGCGUGGCGCUGGGUGCUCUCUCCGCCUGUCGGGGCGUGUUGAGGGGCGGCUGUGCCGGUGCCGCAGGCUGUCCCGUGUGGCUCAGACUACAGGCAGCGCUCCCUUCUGCCUGCCCCAAGCUGCCUGCUCUCCGCAGGGCGGCAUGGAGAUGGAAAUCGGGAAGGAAGGAAGGACUGAAGUUUGACAAUGGAACCUUCACCUACCACGGCGUCUUCGCUCUGGCACCGCUGCCCACAGGGAGAUGCUCUUUGGCAGGUUCUGGCUCUCUGACACCAUCCCCGGUGCACCCAUCCCCGGCAUCCACCCGCUGCCGGGAUCGGCAGCCGGGCUGCGCCGACUGGGCGAGCUGCUCCUCGUACUGCCCCAGCUACAGCGUGCAGGCGCUCGCCGACCGGCAGCUGGUCAAGGUGACGUGGCCGCAGUAUCUCGGUGCCCUCGCGGCCUCCAGGACCCCGAAUCCAGCCGAGUCACCCAACAGCAUCAAGCCAAAAAUUGUCCCCAGCAGCCAAACCACGCUCCGGAGCCACCAGAACACCGCGCCAGGUAGGGAGCCGGCAUGGCAGCAGGAUGGUGAUGGCUGCCCCAGUAGCCAUGCCCAACUGGGAACCGUGCCCUAGGCAUGGCUGAGGGGUUCUGGGGUGCUGGUAGGGCCGCCUCCAUCUCCGGUUCUUCUUGGCAGCGACCAGCUGAGGCCGGGCUGCGGCAUGGCAGGGCAGAGCAGCCGCCGGGGCACCCAGUUUGGGGCUGCCCCCUCUGAGGCUCCCUGCGUGUAAGUCGUGCAUCUCUCGCGUGCGUCUUGCCGCGUUUCGCUGGCUCGGAGGCUAACCGCCGCGCCGGCACGGGCGCCGCGAGCUCAGCGGCUGCUGUUUCCUCUGCCACAGGCAACACCAAACCAUCCCACGGGGAAGAGGAGAGCCAGGGCCGAAGCCCUUCUGCCUCCUCGGCGUUCCCGGCUGCUCGCCGGGGUGGGAGCCGGCGGCUGCAGCGUGAGCCCUGCAGUGUUUCCUGGUUUAACAAAACACUAUUUUGCACAUUUUUAGUGGCUUUUUG